UCUAUAUAAAUUAUUUUAAAAAAUUUAUAACUAAGUUUUAAAAAGUAGAAAAUUAAAAACACUGAAAAGUUUUAUUUAAAAUGCAGGUGAAUUGGGCAAAUUGGCGGCAGCCUAACGGCAACACUUGUAAUUACAAUUACAACUUUCCGUCACAGUCACUUCAUUCUCAUUGUAACUGUAUCGCUGUAGGUUAUCCCAAUCUCACUUCCACGUGGCUCGCACAAUUAUUCAAAGUCCAACAAAACAUCAUAGCAAAUUAUCAGGUUCAUUUCAAUCACGGCCUAAUUGGCUCAUCAUCGUCAUCAUCACCAUCACCAUCGCAGCAAAAUAAUCCAAGAACCCGAGUUAAUUCACCAUUAAUUAACCAGACAAACUUUAAAAACACCAGCAACGAACCUGAGCCGGUCAUCAUCCAAGAAAUUCCAAGUAAGAUAACUAGUGAUAAAAAUAAUCAGACCGAGACAAUGGAUCCUAAAAAAUUCGUAGUCGAGACGCGAUUUAAUGCAUUUGCUGUUAAUUUUAAAAACGUUAAUGGAAUCAGCGAAGAUCAAGUGCGUGAAAUAUUUUCUGUUUACGGUAAAAUAAAACGAAUUGCGCAAACAGGUGACAAUUAUGGUCUUUGUUUUGUUAAUUAUGAAAAUGAAGAUGAUGCUGUUCAAUCUGUCCUCGGUGUUAAAAAUCAUCCUGAUAUUAGAUUACGGGAAGCCAGAUUUACAACAGAUCGUUCUAAAAAACAAACUGAUAAUUCAUCAUUCAGUAAUUUUAAUGGAAACAACGGCAAUUCAAAUACCAGUAACGGAUUCAACACCAACACUUACAAUAAUUAUUCAAAUGAAAGUGCAAGUAAAUCAAUUGAACCGAUUGUUGAUGAAAAAUUAUCUAAAUCAGAUGAAUGGCCAACAGAAACUAAAAUUGAACAGGAAUCAGUUGUCCUGUCACGUGACAACGAUCCAAGCAAAAAUGAACAAAGAAACAUUCCGAUGUCAUAUGAUACUCAACCUUUACCAGCCGCAACGGAAUCAAGUGAAACUUCAAAUAAUUUGGAAAAAGUAACCGAAGAAGACCAGCGUUCAAAUGCUUCAGCUAAAUCUCAAGUACAAAUCCCUGAAUUGGUGGCGAAAAUAUCAAAAUUAUCAAAAGGUAGCAGCAGUUCCUUGGAGAAUGAGUCCACGUUCCCCAAGAUGCCGAUUGAGAAAAUGGCACAGGAGAUUUUGGUGGCCAACAUUGAAGAGGGGGUCAACAUUCAUGCUAUUUUGCAAUUAUUGGAAAAGUAUCAACCGUUUGCAGCAACUGAUAUUCAAAAAUAUGUACCAAGUAAUUUGCGUUACUGUUAUGUUUAUUUCACUUCACAGCAACGGGCUCAAGCUGUUGAAUCCGAGUUCAAUAACUGCGUUCUUAUGGACAAAAAAUUACUGGUUGUCAGAGCUAACAACUUGGUAAAUGUUUAUGCUUAGUAUUAUUAAUAUAUUUUCAUAUCUAAUUAAUAAAGUAAUAAGUUAUUAUAAUUAUUAAGAGAUAUAUAUUUUUAAUAU